AUGAAGUUCCAAGCCAUCAUCGUUCUCCUUGGCGCCGUGGCCUCUCCAAUCCUGGCCUCGGCCGUCCCCAACGGCGACAAUUCCGUCAGGUCCUCUGACGACGCCGAGCUCCUGGCCAGAGCUGACAUCUUUGCCAGGAAGACGUGCUCGGGAACCUGCAACGAGAACGGAUGCCACUGCACCAACCCCGUUCGUGUUUGCUCCUGCUCCAAAGACAACAUUGGCAAGUCUUGCAAAUGCAAGUAG